ACCUCUGUAAUGAGGUAAUCUUAAAGAUAACCUGUUUACGCUUUCUUCCCGACACUGAUUUCUGUCAUGUCAACAUUGAAUCAUUACAUAACAUGAUAUAUAUUGAUUAAUUAUCUAAAAUUCAUUAUGUAAUUUUGAUUAUAUAAACAAACUCUAUUACAAAUUAGCAACGAAAAGAGAAUAAACAAGAUAAGAUAAUAUGAAACGUUAAAAGAAACAAACUAUAAGGAUAUAACUAUAGAAUUUAUAUAUCUAUAACAAAUGGAUUGAUAGAAAAGCAUCCAAAAAGGGGAGCUUUCAAGGAUGAUUGAAGAUUCAAUUUAAUCGAUCAGUUGCUUCUAGAAAUUAAACAUUAUCAAAAAAUGGAUUCAGAAAAUCGUGUCAUUUUAAAUGUUGGCGGAAUUCGUCAUGAAACUUAUAAAGCUACAUUGAAAAAGAUCCCAGCAACUAGAUUAUCAAAAUUAACUGAAGCAUUAGCUAAUUAUGAUCCUGUCUUAAAUGAAUAUUUUUAUGAUCGUCAUCCAGGGGUAUUUUCACAAAUAUUAAAUUAUUAUCGUACUGGUAAAUUACAUUAUCCUGUUGAUGUAUGUGGACCAUUAUUUGAAGAAGAAUUAGAAUUUUGGGGUUUAGAUGCCAAUCAGGUUGAACCAUGUUGUUGGAUGACUUAUACAGCACAUCGUGAUACUCAGGCUACAUUACAAAUUUUAGAUAAAGUUGAUAUGGAUAAUGAUGAUUAUACACCAGAAACUUUAUAUAAACGUUUUGGAUUAGAAGAUGAAUAUACAUGUAAUGAAUUGAAUAUAUGGCAAAAAUAUCGACCAAAAGUAUGGGCAUUAUUUGAAUUGCCGCAUUCAUCUAUUGGAGCUAAAUGUAUUGCUCUCCUAUCAAUCACAUGUAUCAUUCUAUCUAUAUUGGCUUAUUGUAUGGAUACAUCACCAAUAUUUUCUACACCAUCUAUUCGUACAGAAUUAAUCAAUAUAACAGAUGAUCAUAUAGAUACUACUACUAUCAAUACAUUAAGUAGUAGUACUACUACUAGUACCAAAAGUAGUACUACUAGUAGUAGUAUAAGUAGUAUAAGUAGUACUAUUAGUAGUAUCUAUUAUGAUAAAUUCAAUAGUAAUUAUACUAUUAUAAUGAAUAAUAAACAAUAUAAAAAGAAUAUUAUUUUUAUUUAUAUUGAAUGUAUAUGUAAUAUAUGGUUUACUAUAGAAUUAAUAAUUCGUUUUACUGUUACUAUAAAUCAUAAAAAAUUUGUUAAAAAUUUAAUUAAUUUAAUUGAUAUUGCUGCAUUAUUUAGUUUUUAUAUUCAAGUCAUCUUAUUACAUAAUCAUCAUAGUUACCAUGGUAACAACAACAACAACAACAAUAAUAAUAUUAAUGGUGAUAAUGAUAGUUACCAUAAUGAUAAUGAUGUUACUUUAAUAUCGAUUAUUGAAUUUUUUAGUAUAUUACGUGUUAUGCGUUUAUUUAAAUUAACCCGACAUAUAUCUGGUUUAAAAAUAUUAAUAUUAACAUUUAAAGCAAGUGCUAAAGAAUUUUCAUUAUUAAUAUUUUUUUUGGCUGUAUUCAUUGUAUUAUUUGCUGCAUUAAUUUAUUAUGCUGAACGUUUAAGUAAUACAAAUACACGUAAUGAUUUUACAUCAAUACCAAUUGGUUUAUGGUGGGCUAUAGUUACUAUGACAACUGUUGGUUAUGGUGAUAUGGUGCCAAGAUCAUAUGCUGGCAUGAUUGUUGGUGCAAUGUGUGCAGUAACUGGUGUUCUAACAAUUUCAUUACCAGUUCCUGUCAUCGUAUCAAAUUUCUCAAUGUUUUAUUCCCAUACAUUGGCUCGAUCAAAAUUGCCAAAAAAACGAAGACGUAUAUUACCAGUUGAAGCAAUUCGCCCAAAACAUAAAUCAAAUGUAAUUGGAAGUGGUACAGGGCAUGGAAUAAUGCAUCAUUGUAGUGGUUAUACAAGUGAUACAAUUAAUUUAAGUAAUUUAGCCAAAGGUAUUGUACCUAAUAUUUCACAACCUAUUGCUAAAGCUAAAUACUCAGAUAAUUUUUCACAUAUUAAAGAAAAUUAUCAAAAUCGACGAAAAUAUUCCAAUUCAAAUGAAUUCCCUUUAAAUGAACAAUAUAAAUAUGCUUAUGCAAUACAUACCAGACGUGCAGCAGUAAUAGAUGCAUCAAAUUCAUCUUUGGAACAAAUGAAUGAUGAUGAUAAUGAUUGUGAAUCACUUGGUAAAUCUUUAAAAUCUGAAUUACAAUAUACUGAGAGAUUACGAAAAAGUUCUACGACAAACUCUAGUGGACAUCAUAUCAAUUCAAUCCAUACAUCACGACGAAUCAUAGAUAAUAACUAUCAUCGGAAACCAAGUCAUUUAUCAUAUCCUAUAGAAUAUCAAUCUAAUCAUAAUUCUUCUUCAGUUCUUCCAUAUGAAACACCAACACCACCACAGCAACAACAACAACAUCGACGACGACGACAACAACAACAACAACAAAGUGAUUCUUUAAUAACUUAUAGUAGUAAAACAGAUUUAUAUCUUUCAUCCAUAACUUGUCAUUCUGAAUUAUUACCUCAAUCACCAUCUAUGUUUGAUGAACAAUUAAAUAUACCAAAUGUGGAUACCACCACCACCACCAACACCACCACCACUACUACUACUACUACUACUACUAAUAGUAAUGAUAGUAAUACAGAUAUUACAACAUACAGUACAAUUCAUACUCAUACAAAGAGUAUGAAUUUAUUACCAAGUCCAUGGAUUGGCAUAUCAUCAUCCUCCACAAAUGAUCCAAACAAUGAACAAGAUGAUCUAAUAAGUUAAAAGUAAAGAAGAAGAAGAUUUCAAUGGAUGAUGAUGAUGAUGAUGACCAGUAUUAUAGAAUAGCCUUCCAAUUUUGAUCUCUUAUUAUGAUCCAAUAUAUAUCUUAUUACUGAUCUCAUUUAUAUUAGUAAUCAGUUAUAAAAAAUCUUUAAUUUAUGUAUAAAUCUUUAUAUAAGUAUUCAUUGUAUAGGUAGUGGGGGGUAUGUAUCUUUAAAUUGUAACCAUCCAUAUAUUUUACAUAAUAAAAUAUUACAUUUACAA